AUUAUAGUUGGCAAUAACGUCUACGUUUUGCUUAGGGUCUUUUAUUUUGACACUGGACUGUCGUGAAUUCACGUGACGUAGACUUUCAGUCUGAAAAACAUGGCUUUUCUUACAGAGGAUCAGUUCACUGCUUUGCAACUGCUGUUAAAGGCUCCGUCUAAAGAUGUUGUGCGGCAGAUCUGCGCUGAGAGUUUCCCAGCCGGAGCCUCCAAGCGUCAGUCUGUAAUCGCAAAAACUGCCAAUUCUCUGUCUGUUUCCAGCAGUGAAGCGAUGCAGUUGCUGACAGCUUUUCACACACUCUCACAUGAUGUUGUGUACCAGAAUCUAACCUCUCCGGAACAGAUCCUGUCAAUUUUCCCAGAAUCAUUCCACUCUAACCUAAAGAAUCUGAUCACCAAAAUUAUCUUGGAAAACAGUGUCACAUGGAGAAAUGAUGCUUUGUCAAAUCAAAUUUCACUGCCAAAGCUGGUUGAUAUGGAGUGGCGAGUGGACAUGAAAACUGCUUCGGACUCCUUGAGUCGUAUGGCUGUGCCAACCUGUCUGUUGCAAAUGAAACUCCAGGACACUCCGUGCAUUAGCAGCGGUCCAAGUGAGUCCACAAUUACAAUGGAGCUGAGUAGAGAGACACUGGACACCAUGAUAGACGGUUUGGGUCGCAUCAGGGACCAGCUGACUGCAGUGGCAAGGAAGUAGAGCAGAAUGACAGAUGUUGCCACCACACCUUUCUGUGGACAUUCAGAAAAAUGAUUUAUUU